UCCAUUCUGAGAAAACAUGACUAUUUAAUUGUCAACAAACGACAUCCAACCCUAGAAAAUAUCUUAACUAAUAACAAAUCCAAACUUAGUAAUGAAUAUCAUAGUGGUAUAUACAAGAUAACUUGUAACGAUUGUCCGGCCUUUUAUAUAGGCAUGACAACUCGUGCUGCCAAAGUAAGGUUCAAUGAACAUAUAAAAAACAGGCCUAAAUCAGCUUUUGGAAACCAUUUAAUCGAAUGUAAACAUGGGACCACAAUAGAAAAUCUGUCACUGAUACGAAAAGAAAACAACUAUAAUAAACUAGUUCUCCUUGAACAGCAUGAGAUCCUCAAAAACAAGGAUAAUAUUCACCUUCUAAAUGACAUCUCAGAAUUUUCUGGGAGGCAUUUAUUCAAGUACUUAUAAGAGACAUUUCCAACAUAAGAAAAAUAACACCGUAUUCUAUACCAAUGAUAUGACCAUACUCUGUGGUGUUAUGACUUUGACAGCGAUUUGUCACCUAAUGUUUCCGGUCCAUUCGUUUAACCUCAUAUGACGAUACACAUGCUUUUCUAUUGGAGUUUGAAGUGGAAAUUUGAUGGUUCUGGUACUUCUUAUAGAUAAACUGACAUUAAACAACGGAUUUUGAUAAACCCCUUUUUUAUAAUACCCGUAUGACAAUUAUUGCAACGAUACUUCAUAUUUUGACGCUGGCCUGAUGAUGGCAUAGAUGCCGAAAUCGAUCGCCAAGAGAAUUAAAUAAAAAAUUGGAUUAGUGUGUUUCCUUACCUCUUCUGAAUACCGUUCACACUAAUGGAGGAUUUCAUUAAUAGAAUUGAAUGUUCGGAGAUAUCCUUUGCCUUCAAACAGUUGAAGUACACGUUGAAUAAGAGACAUCGUAACAGACAACAUAUAGAAUUUCUACACGAAUGCAAACAACAUGACGUUAUCCCAAGAUUCCUAAAUAUCAGAUUACCAGCUGUUCACAACGAAGCUAAGAAACAUCGAAUACGAAUGUCACUACUGAAAAAGGAACUGCGUCGACAAUAUCAGUUAUCGAACAAUAUCGAUUUAAGGUUGAAAUUUCUCCACCACUUUCUCCUGAGACACCUACAUACUAUAGAAUAUAGCAUAUUAGUUGAUAGUCUGGUAGAAGAUACAUUCUACAUUAACUGGAAUGCUGACCGAAAGAGGAAUCAGAAGUUAAAGUUCCUGAUUAACCAAAAAGAGCGCACACGACAGCAGACAAAUAGAGUUCACACCGCUCCACCUGAUAUCAUCCAACCGAAUGAAGUACACCAAUUUCACGAUAGAUUCACCAACCUUAGUGAUGUCUACUUCAGUGAGGAGGAAGAAACGAUACUGAAUCUUGGACAUAAAUUUGCUCCAAUACCUAAAUCAUUCGACAUCCAUGAGAUGGCUAUUGAUAUUGAGCUACAAAUUAGAAGGGAUCCAAGCUUCGACACUUUAGCUGACAGAGUUCUUCAUACUUUAAAAUGUUUUAGAGAAAAACGGGUUAAGGUGAGUGACCGAGAACAAAUUGACAUUAAUAAAAAAUUACGUGGAAGUAUAAAAAACAUACGUGAGAAGGUUUCAAUUAAUGAUCUAAUAAUAACAAAAGCCGAUAAAAACGCAGGAUUAGUUAUUCUGAAGAAACAUCUAUAUAUAGAGAAAACUCUUACUUUUUUCAAUGACAAUAACAUUUUAGAGAUUAAAAACAACCCCUUGAUAAAAUUUUCAAACAAAGUUAAUAACAUCAUAAAAACUUCACUCCCAACCUUGCAUAAAUUUGGGGAGACAAUAUUCAGUAUUAAAGAAAGAAAUCCACAAACACCUAAACUUUAUAGCUUAAUAAAACUACACAAGCCUGAUAGAAGUAUCAGACCCAUCACCUCGGCAAUAGGCUCGCCCACACAUAAAGUAUCCAAAUUCCUAAACAAGUUGAUUAAUGGAAUAUUUAAGAUGAGAUCACAAUACUCUAUUAAAAACUCACAAGAACUCAUAAAAAAUCUGAAUUCUCUUAAGCUGGACCCCCAUAAACGAUACCUUCUAAUUUCAUUCGAUAUAGUUAAUUUAUAUAAUAAUAUCCCAGUUGAGGAUACACUUGCAAUUCUGUAUAAACAGCUGAAAGAUUAUCUUGAAGCCAACAAUGAUCUUAAUUUGGACGCAAUAGAUAUAGAAAAUAUCAUGGCUCUAGCCAGACUUGCUUCCGAACAAAAUUUUUUCAUUUUUAAUGAUAAGGUGUAUGUAAUGAAGGACGGUUUACCAAUGGGAUCUCCAUUUAGCGGCCCAAUGUCAGAGAUUUAUCUUAACUUUGUGGAAAAAUUGAUUAUGCUUUUACCUUUGGCUCAAUAUAUAAUACUAUGGAGGAGAUACGUCGAUGAUGUUUUUUGCGUGUAG